CAUAGAAUGAAAGAAGAGUGGGAGGGAUGGGGAUGACCAACUGGACAGGACCAAACACCCCACCAGCCAGACAGCAGCGGCAAAUCAGAACACAAUGAAUCUCUUGUGAAUGAAGCACUUAUGCAUGUUUUUUUAACGAAGCUACAUCGACACAAGUGUGGAAGAAGACAUUUGUGAGCCUGAAACUCAAAAAGGAAGGACAUAAAUCAAAAGGUGACACCGUAAUCACAAAGGAGGAGGCAACAGCAGGAAUAUCAGAGCAGAUGUGAGUCUGUCUGCCUCAGACGGGGACCCAUGAUGACUACAAGAGGACGGAGAUUGUCGGACCUGGAGACGUUAGUGGGGAUGGAGGACGAGCGUGUGAACAGCUCCAGGAGCAGAGCUGGGAGCUGUGUGGAGUUCCACAGCCUCAAAAAGAUGAAGACCCUGGCCCAUAGACGACAGUCAGCUCCAUCCCUGGUCAUCAGCAAAGCACUAACCAGGUCGAGGAGUGCAUCCAGGGAGAGCUGCCUAACGCCCAUCAGCCCGGAGUCUUGUCCCCUGGUCCAGGCCUUUUUGGCCGAGUGUCCCGGUCGUCUGUUCUUGGGUCACGUCCAAGCGCAGCUAAAGACGGGUCUUCAGACCCAGGAGAGACACCUCUUCCUCUUCAGCGACACUCUUCUGGUCGCUAAGGCCAAGUCUCCCUCACAUUUCAAAGCGAAAGCCCAGGUGAGAGUGUGUGAGAUGUGGACGGCCAGCUGUAUGGAUGAGGUGUGUGAGGGAAGCACAAACCCAGAGAGGAGCUUCGUUAUGGGCUGGCCCACCUGCAACUGUGUAGCCAUGUUCAGCUCUGAAGAGCUUAAAGACAAGUGGUUGGUGCUCAUCAACGAUCGGAUAAUCGAGGGAAAACAGAAGGACGACCCCCAAACCGUGCCUCUGAAGAUAUUUGCCAAAGACAUUGGAAACUGUGCCUAUGCCAAGACUCUUUCAGUCAGCAACGCCGACAGCACUGACGAGGUGAUCCGGAUGGCUCUGCAGCAGUUUGGCAUUUCAGGUUGUGUAAAAGACCACCGCUUGUGGGUGAGUUCCUGUAAGGAUGAGCCUCCAUACCCUCUCAUAGGCCACGAGUUUCCCUUCAGCAUCAAGAUGAGCCACAUUCGGGAUGGUGGGAGCGGUGCUGGGCGAGCAGGGAGAGAUCCGAUGACUCCCACAGACUGCCCUGGAGUUCUGCUGCUGGACCAGUGUCUCCCUCCUGAGACCCAGUGUCAGUUCAUCCUCAAACCCAACAAGGUUGUCCACGGACCUCCACAGCUCAUAGAACCUGGUCAGCAGAAGUCCUUUAAGAGAAAAAGGUCACUGAUCAACUGGCCUUUCUGGAGGGGCUCCAACCCUCAGCUGGAUGGCCUGCCUCUGUCCCCGUCGCUGCUCUCCCCCUCUCAGGGUCGGCUCUUUGGACGACCCCUGAGCUCCGUGUGCUCCUCAGAUCAUGGCCUGCCUAAGCCUGUCAUGGACAUGUUGGGGUUUCUGUAUCUGGAGGGGCCUUACACAAGGGGCAUCUUCAGGCGCUCGGCUGGGGCAAAAGCCUGCAGGGAGCUCCGAGACAGCCUGGACAGCGGGACGGAGGAGCUGGAGAUCGCACACCAGUCCGUGUUCGUCAUUGCUGCUGUCCUCAAGGAGUUCCUGAGAAACAUCCCGGGGAGCCUGCUGUGUGUGGAUCUGUACGAGCAGUGGAUGGAUGCGAUGGAGGUGGAAGGAGGAGAGGAGAGGGGGGCAGCCGUUCAGAGGUUGCUGAACCUCCUUCCCAGUGAGAACCUGCAGCUGCUGCAGCAUGUGAUCGCUGUGCUGCACUGUAUUCAGGGCCACGCCCACGACAACCAGAUGAACGCCUUCAACCUGUCUGUCUGUAUUGCUCCCAGCAUGCUUUGGCCUCCUGCCCCGAGCAGCCCUGAGAUGGAGGGCGAGGCCACAAAAAGGGUGUGUGAGCUCGUCCGUUUCCUCAUCGAGAACUGCAGCAGCGUUCUGGGAGACAUUACCUCGCUGUUCAGAGACUUCAGCCAGAAGAGCAACAGUGACCAUGGAUCUGAUGUCUCUUCCUUCCAAAUGAACGACUCGUCCUACGACAGUCUGGAGAACGAGCUGAACGACGAUCCGGAGUCUCCCUGCCGGGAACAGCUGCUGCUCCGUGACAAGACCAAGCCCGACAGCCGAAGCCGCGAUUCUGUCAUCACCCUUAGUGAUGGCGACCCCGAUCCGGACCCUGACUCGGACCUCCUCCUGCAGCUCCCUCCUCUGGCUCGACCCAGGAGGUUCAGCCCUGCGGUGCGACCGCCCCGAAGCCGCCAGGCCAGUGGUUCUUCACAGUGUCCCAGAAGACUCCGGAGGAGUUCAGAGCCUGCCUUACCUCUGGCGACUGUGGCGUCUUCAAGCUGUAUAACAGUCAGUGCAGAGGACUGCCACUUCCCAGUGAGGAAGGCGAGUUACGACGCUGCCAUGGAGGGGGGAGGCGAGGAUGAAGACGAGGUUUUUCUGGAGCAGGGGCUCAACAGGCUGCAGCUGAAGGAGACGAGGAAAGAUGAGCACAGAGAAGCCAACGGUGGGCAGAGGAGGACGAAGCAUGGACCUCCUCCUCCACUGCGACUAGAUGCUAGCUGCUCCAGUCUGUCGUCACCAGCCACCUCUCCAACAGGCUCCUCCCUCAGCUCUUUAGACUCCGCCUUUUCACAAUACUCUACAGACUACGCUACCAAUGGAGUAGUUCCACAGAAGUCUCCCGGGGACUCACCACCACAAAGGGAAGCCCUGCCUCACUGGCCUCAGUCUGCCCAUCGGACCGGCAAACCCCCCUCCUCCCACUCGCACGGCCUCCACCCGAACACGUGGCUUAAAAAGGACCGCUGCCUGUCUCUAAGGCAACCCGAGAGUGGGCGCACUGACGACUUACCCGAUUUAAACCGCAAUUCCAGUCCAACCGCUAACAGCAUUUCAGCUACGGUCCAGGAGGGUGUGGCAGUGGGUCAAAGUCACCAGCGGAGAUCCAGCAGCCCUCCGUCCUACCAGCAGGCGCUGCUGCAGCUGCAGCGGAACCGCUCUCCUUUCUACAAAGGGACAGAAAAACCGCUCACCGUCAAAGAGCUGCGAAAACUCCACGAUCCGUCCUGCAAACACUCCAGCCCUGCUGAUCCCAAACCACACACAGGAAGUGAGGUCACACAGGGACAGGUAGGGACUGAGUGGGUGGUGCUGCCCCCACAAAGUGUUUUCUAUGGACAGAGUUCCACCACCCUGGUCCUCCAGAGACCAAAAUCCCACUCUCAUUGUCCCGGAGUGGACAGUCUCAAAGGGAGAAAGACUCUCCCCCGCAGAGCCUCAGAACCUGCCAAGGUCAGCGCUUAUUCCGAAUCCCCGACAAGCCUCCCGCUGGUCAGUCAGGUCCAAGACCACGAGCUGAGAAUAUCAGAGGAGCCCAAUUGCUCCAAACCACACACCUGCCUUUCUCCCUCUGCCACCCGGGUGGUCAGGGACUACUUUUCCUCACAGGGUCAGGCAGAUGCUAAUUCCUCCCUUCGGAGGAGUCAGGAAGUGGCGCUAGCUAUCGUACAGGGUAAGAAGGAGUGGGAGAGCAGGAGGUGCAGCGACCCGCACCUGGACGAUUUUGAACAGCUGUUUUUUGCAGAAGAGUCAUACGUGUAAUUAAGACCUUUAGUCUGGGCGGGUUGUACAAUAAGAGAGCAUUCUGAUCAGAUGUGAUUAUCUUCCAUGUAAGUUGCAUAUCAGUGUGGUGGUACGUCAGGUUUUACCAGUACAGGUGGGGUCUGCCUCGUCACCAACCAGCAGAGACGACGGCAGCUCUCCCCUCAGCAAACACUUCAUGAAGAAAGUUUGGAGGAUUUUCAGAUAAUUAUUUUACGUGAUGACUGUCGUUACUCUCGUGUUGCCAUAGUGAUGACUGUCGUUACUCUCGUGUUGCCAUAUAGAAUCCUCCCGUCUGCCUGUCUAUGGCGCGGUAUGGGGGCCAAAAUUAAGACUACUGCCCAGCAUCAGGAGGCUAUAUAAAUUCCGAAGCAAACUACUGAUCUGAUUAAUGAUAAGCUGGAGCCGGUAACUGAGAGGCUGGCACUGCUAACUGAGAA